GGUCACACUGCAUUCUACUCUUCAAAAAAUAUUUACGAGAUAAAAACGCUUAGAAUUCGGCGUUUUCGACGGUAGUUUUUUGACUGACGCAGGUAAUUCCGAACAGGAAUGACAUAGAGAUCAAGUGGAAGAGAUUGAGACCAGCGGAAACCGGCGGAAACCCAAGCCGUGUGCCAUUUCCCACCCAGCAGCACGCAUUUUGCAGCAGGAUGCAGGAUGCCACAGUUCCGGACCCGGAACCCACCAGCACCGACGGCAGUUGCUCCGUUGAAAAAGCCAAUCGCGGGGAACCGGUACAGAAUCAUGUAGGGGCCGAGCGGGAGGCGGAAGCCAACGAUGCCAAUUGCACCAUAUGUGGUGCCGCGAAGGCCUCGGCUCUCUUGGAUCUGCGCUCCAACCAUGUGAUGCAACGUCGCCUGAGUCGCGACUGGAAGAUCCACGCCGAUGUAAUCCGAUCCACUUUAAAGGCCAUUUGCGUGGAGUGCGUGUGCAAGCUGAACAUGCACUCGGAGGUCACUCGAUCCCUGAUGCAGCGUAUGCAACUGCUGCAGCGUUCCGGAGGAGAAACCACCAAGGUGACAACCACCACUACUUCGCCCAGCCAGCACAGUCCACCCAUUGCCGAUGCGGAAGUGUCCACCACCCUGAUAGAGAGUCAGGAGGAGGUGGCGCACAGCGGGCAGAGCGUUCGCAGCUCGCCUUCCUCCUGCUCCGUGCUGGAAGUAUACCUCGCCCAGCAACCCUACUCUCCAUCGGCUAAGGAUACGGAAGAGAAGCAAGCGGAGGGCUGGAAAUGGCGAACGCGGCUGGAGUGCCAUGAAUGUGGUCGAGCCUAUUUUCGGCGAGACUACUACGCCCUGCACUUGAGGCGCUGCUCCAAGACACGCAGAAAGCAGCCACGUCCUUCGCGCGCCAAAUGUCGUGUGCUCAAUGAGGCUAGCUACGAUGGAGAAUCGCUAUCCAGAGUUACCCGUUCCGCGCGCAUAUACUACUGUCGGCAUUGUGAUGCAGAAUUCGAAACCAUGAUCAUGAAGCGGCAGCAUGAGCGGUUGAAGCAUCAGCAGCGAUAUCCUUGUGACUUGUGCGAUGCUCAGUUGGACACGAAGUACGAGUGGGAAAUGCAUCACACCAUCUGCCAGGCCAAGCAAGAGGCCUUAGCAAACCUGGAGCGGGAGGAUUCAGGGCAAACCAUUCAGUUCUCCCGGGUGCCAAGGGCAUGCUCCACGCGCUCUCGCUCACGGGCUUGCUCCGAAGCCUGGGAAAGGUACGACGUGGAUGAGGACUAUGACGAUGAAGAGAAUGAAAGCGAUGGCGAUGAACUUGAAGAGGGCGAUGACGAGCAGGAGGAUGCCAUGUACGCACGACGUAUGAACUUUACUGGUGACUGGAUCGUUAACCACAGUCGCAGCAAUAGCAAUAGCGCUGGUAAUCUCUCCCUUCUGUACGGAGACUACGGGAUGGUGGAAACGCAUAUGACCACCGACAAAGAGUAUGAUCUUUACCUACUUGACCUGCUUAAGACGCAGGUGCGACUGAAAGCAUUCACUUGUUUUACGCCGGGCUGUGGCUACCAGACGGACACCCUAGUAGCUCUAAUGAAGCACGAUUACAUGGAGCACUGGAAGAUGAGCUGGUUCUACUGUCACAAGUGCGGCGAUGUCUUCACCAGCAAAGUCUUCCUAGACUACCAUAUGCAUCUCCAGAACCGCGGCCUCUACAUUUGCCAUAAGUGCCGGGAUGAGUUUGAAUUGCAGCACCAGUUGGACCGCCACUUCCAGCUGCACAAGAAAGGGAUCAACUAUCACUGCAACUUCUGCCGAUUGGAGUUCCUUAGCGAGGCCAAGCUGCUGGCCCAUUGCAAACAGCGGGGGCACAGUCCCAACGAUGAGCCCCUCAUCAGCAUUGAUCGUUCCCUCUCGAUUGUCAACUGCCAUGGGCCCCGGUCAGCGGACUGUCCUCGAAUUGUUAAGACGUACGAAGAGCGUGAGUUCUAUAUUCCGCGAAUGCCGAUGCCCUCCACGCAGCCCAUGCACUUGCCCCAACAUAAGCCAUUUCGUUUUGCCAUCGGAAUUUGCGAUUUUGAGGAGCGAAAUCCAAACUGCGUUGGAUGUCACUGAUUACGAACUUGUUGUGAGCUCCGUUCUUCGUCUGCAAUAUAUACGAAUAGGUCAUGCUACCCGUUACUAUUGGAGUUUAAUGUGUUUAUAAGCACACUCUUUAUCCGAGCAACGAGGCGUUCGACUAUCGCGUUCUCCUUGGAUUAUCUAGCACCAA